AAUUUGCUAAUCAUCAAUCUCAUUCUAAAGUCUUGUUUAUACUUCAAUAUUCUUCCUAAGAUGGCCUUUUAUUCGCGACUCGAUAGUAGUUUCUACUUGUCUUUGUUAGUGUUUUCACUAAUUAGACUCUCUUCGGCACAAUUGUCUUCGGACUACUAUGAGAAAUCUUGUCCAAAAGCUAUUUAUACAAUUAAAAACACAGUGACAAAUGCUGUGGCGAAAGAGCGUCGAAUGGGGGCCUCUUUGCUCCGUCUUCAUUUCCACGAUUGCUUUGUUAAUGGAUGUGAUGGAUCGAUACUACUGGAUGAUACUUCGGAUUUCACUGGAGAGAAGACAGCAAAACCAAAUUCGAAUUCAUUGAGAGGUUUUGAUUUGAUUGAUACUAUGAAGUCUCAAGUAGAGAAAUUAUGUCCUGGAAUUGUUUCUUGUGCAGAUGUUAUAGCUAUAGCAGCACGAGACUCUGUUGCGAUACUAGGUGGGCCUACUUGGACUGUCCAAUUAGGUAGAAGAGAUUCUACAACAGCAAGUUUAAGUUCAGCAAAUAGUGAUAUCCCUUCUCCUUUGAUGGAUCUUAGUGAUCUUAUUACUAAUUUUGCAAAUAAAGGCUUCACUGCUAAAGAAAUGGUUGCCCUUGCAGGUGCUCACACCAUAGGUCAAGCACAAUGUACAACAUUUAGGGAACGUGUGUACAACGAAACAACCAUCGAUUCAUCGUUGGCUACAUCGUUGAAAUCAAGUUGUCCGAGUACAGGUGGAGAUGACAGCCUUUCUGCACUUGAUGCAGCCACCCCUGCAAUAUUUGAUAACCAUUAUUUCAAGAACUUAGAGAAAAAUAAAGGGAUUCUUCACUCGGACCAACAACUAUUUAGUGGUGGUUCUACGGACUCUCAGGUUACUACUUACGGUACUCGUCCUAUAACAUUUGCUGCAGAUUUUGCAAAGGCUAUUGUCAAAAUGGGAAACUUAAGCCCACUUACUGGAACCAAUGGCCAAAUUCGUACUAAUUGCAGGAAAAUCAAUUAAAUCAAAAAGGGGCGUAGAAACGCAUAAGAACUCUUGAACGAAAACGAGACAUAAAUCCAGUUUCUUCAGAAUCACUAGGAAAUCCUAUUUUCGAUAGGGACAUUGAGUCUGAUUUUAUUCUGUGUGCACCUAGUCAAGAUUGUCGUAGUAGUAAUAUAUAUGUUCUUGUGAAUGAACCCAAGUUUGUAACGUGUUUGUAUUUUCUUUUAAUUUAAGAGCAACUGUUUGUGAGAAUAAAUAAUUUACACUUGUGUUGAAA